AAAUUAUUUCUUGAAAAAGACAAAAUGUCUUGUCUGAUCCCUUUCAGUUUCAUUUUUUGGUAGUCUUUCUUAUGCUGUUCUUCUGUUUUGGAUUUCAGAAUAGUAUUGGCUUUCCAUCUUUGGUAUAGCUGUUGGAAGCAAUAUCCAGAUGCUAAUUUUCUGUGCUCCAAAAGCAACCCUUAAUCAUCUUUCAAAUCAUCUCCUGUUAUCCCUUAGUUGAUGCAUGUGAAAGAGCAGAAGCAUUCUUUCUGUGUCUCUUGAUCCAAUUCCAUAUGGCAAGGGGCAUUUAAAUGAUGAGAAUUGCUUUUUAAAGUAAAGUUUUGGAAGGUCAGGCAAUUUCCCCCUUCGAUGCACCCUUUUUUCCAUCAUUAGAACUUUUCAUAUCAAUUAUAUGCAACAAUGUCAAUAUCAUAGCAUGCAGAUUUAUAAUCACUUCGAUUUUUAUUUCUUUUUUUGGGAACUGGUGAGGGUGAGCAACUUGAAAGUUCUACUGUGAGAGACAUGGCUCACAAACCUGCCUACUUUGUGCUUAAUUCAAUGUCAGUGUGGAAUCUUCUUAGAGAGUUCCAGAUGAGAAAGGUUCACAUGGCUGUUUUUCUUAAUGGAUAUGGCGGAACUGUUGGGAUAAUAACCUUAGAAGGUGUGGUUGGGGAGAUUGUUGGAGACAUCUUUGAUGAAAAUGAUUCAAAGACAUCUUUGAUGAAAAUGAUUCAAAGGUAAGCCUAAUUACCUCAUUAAUGACCUUAAUGUUCUGUUACUGAAUCUGUUAUUGGGGGCAAGUCUUUUAACUAUAUAGAUAACUGUAGAUAUUGGAUUCUAUUAUUCCUCAGCAAGGGGAUGCUAAGAAAACUUGUUGAUGAAGUCCAAAACAAAUUGGUUUUAUACAUGUGCUGCUAAUUUUCUACAGACCAAUUGAUCUGGAUGCUGCUUUAUGUCGUUGGUUUCUUGUCUCAUUUAGGUUGGCAUGUACUUUUUCUGUAUUUUCCAUGUGACCAAGGAAUUUCAUGUGACUUCUCAUGUCAUGUAGAUAUUUCUUUACUCUAUAGGUCUCAUAUCAAUUAGUGUUUACAAGGUUCACCUCUACUUGAUUCUUAAGUGAUUCAUUUAUACAUAUGUAUAAUGAUUCUCAAGUGAUUCUUAUUUUAUGCAUUGCUGCUAAUUGUAUUAACAGGAGGAGAUCCAAAAGAAAACUGGCUAUAUUGUAAUGAGAUUAGAGGGAGUAUAUGAUGUCCAUGCCCAUGCAUCUAUUUAUUGGCUGAGGACUUGAAUAUCAAAAUGGCAGAGGAACAUCAGUAUGAGACAGUAUUUGGUUUUGUAUGCAAAGUAUUUGGAUACAUCCCUAGCUGGGGCUGGUGAGACCAUCAAAGUUGUCCCCAAAAGGGAUAAUCAAGAUGAUGAUGAUAAGCAUGAUGAAGAUGGCUCUGAUCAUCAAGAUUUGACGGAAAGGCAUCAAAUAUAUAGACUUAAGAUAUUAGCUGCAAAUGCCCGAAAGGUUAGUGCUGUUCGUUAUGAGUAGAUAAACAACGAGGAAGCAAUGUCAGAGGCCAAAGAUGUAACUCGAUUGAUUCCCAAAAUCAUGAAGAGGAAAGGGAACAGUGACAAAUUGGAUAACAUUACCUAUGAUGAGAAUGCAUUUCAGAAGAGAUAAGAGAAUUGCCUUUCUGAUAACUAUGCAGUUCUGAAGAUAAAUAAGAUAAUGGCCAUUAG